GGGUUCGAGACUAUAGAUCACAUGAGUAACAAGUGAAGGCGUAACCAACCCAGAUACAUUUCAUGGGCAUAGCCGGGAGUUGAGGAAGAAGUUUUUUUUAUUAAACUUUGAACGACGGGGAAGUAUAGUGUUAAUAAUGAAGUUCUGUGGACCAAAGCUGUCACUCUGCGGACUUAUUAUAAGCGUGUGGGGUAUCAUACAACUUGUACUUAUGGGUAUAUUUUAUUAUGUACGGAGUGUGGCAUUGGCAGAUGAUCUUCCUGGUGUGGAAAAGGAAUUUGAGAAUCUUAGCGAGUUCUAUGCUGCUGCUGAUGCAGGGUACUUGCAGAAUGCCUACAACUGUUGGAUUGCAGCAUGCCUCUACAUUUUCACACUUCUAAUAUCAGGACAUCAGUUUUAUGUUAAUAGUCGCUCAUCUUUAAGUAUGUGAGACAUUGAACAAGUAAAUGAAAAAAUUAUCAAAUUUCUUCCAUUUUCUUGGUCCAAUCACCUGAAAGAAAUAUGUAGCCUCACAUUUUAAAUUUUGAAAUCCAGGUGAACCACACAAGUAUUUCUAUAAAAGUAAGUUUGGUAUAAGUAAUGCAUACUUAGUGAAGUUUCAUAAUUUAUUCAUUUUGAGUAACAAUGCUCAAUUAUCUUUUAAAACUAAGGUGGUAACAGGCAUUACAGUUUUUUUUCAUUUUGAAUAUAUCAGUAUUAGCCAUGGUGUAAUUGUUUCCCAAAUGCUUACAAGAUGUCAUAUCUAACUAGGUUAAUGAUGCUAGUGAGGUUUUGUUUUUCAAAGGUUGACAGUUUCAAAGAUUUCAUUGUAAAUGUGUAUUAUAGAUAAUUAUUAUAGCGGUAAAAUAAUCUAAGUUUAUAUGAAAAUUGUGUGUUGAUACUGUACGUAAUAGGACAGUUGCAUUUGCUGUAAAAGUAUAUAUUUCACUAUUUUCUCUCUCUCUCUCUCUCUCUCUCUCUCUCUCUCUCUCUCUCUCUCUCUCUCUCUCUCUCUCUCUCUCUCUCUCUCCCUCCCCCCCCCCCCCCCCCCAAUCUCUCUCCCUCUUUAUUUUUUUUUACAAAGAGUUUUCACUACAAACUGUUGAUAAUUUUGCAGUUGAAAACAAAAUGCACAAUUCAGUGGAUAUAGGGCAUUUUAUGAUUAUUAGUAUUUCAGUAUUGAAAAUGUGCAGAAUUAAUUAUUUCCACUGUUGCAUUUUUAUGCAGAUAGAAAUACUGUUUUAGUUCUGUGUGAUAGUUUAAUUUUAUAACUAGAACACUCUACUCUGUGUAUUUAUAAGAUUUGCUGCUGAAUAAUUACAUUCCUGUAUUUGAAAGAUGAGAGAACUUUAUCUUAAGGAUGCUGGUAACUUUUUACAACCAGACAACAGGAAAUUGUCAUUUUUCUCACAACUAUGAUGUAAAUACUUCCUUGUGUAAAUAAAGCUUUGUUUGUGAAACAGUCA